GAUUCAGUAAACAAAACUUGUGAUCUUCCUACAAAUUCAGGAAACAUCCUUAUUUAAUAUUGAUAUGUUGUGACCGUUACAGUAUACAAACCAUUAAACAGACCACUUCUUAACGAAGAGAUAGUAAAAAUGAAAUGUAUCUGUCAGUAUUAUAUAGGUUUAGGUUAACUAGUACGAAAACAAAAAAAAAACUGUUUAAUAUAUUUCAAAAUAUUUAUUAAUUUAUGUUACUUUACGUUUAAUUUAUUUAUUCCUAAUUAUGGAGGAGAUGAUUUACGAAAAUCAGUUUGUAUGUAGAGCUUGUUUGAAAAUUGUCGAACACUCAACUCAAAGUUUUGGAUACGUUGACGAUGCAACAGGAAAUUUGCGGGAUAUGUUGAUGUGCUGUGUCCCUGAAUUGGAUAUAUAUGUAUCUUCUAACCCCAUUGUCUGCUUUCCCUGCAUACAAACUUUGAUUCAAGUUCAUAAUUUUAAAGAAAGGUGCAUCAAUACGGAAAAUAUUAUUCGCACCUAUAUACAAAGGUACAAUUUGUCUGAUCAAAAUCCAAUAAAUCUUGGUUCAGUUGUUCGAGAUUUAGUUGGAAUUAAUAAGAUUCACAAGCAACAAGCAGAAAUGAGAAAUCAAAUAGAGAAGAGUAAAUUGGCAAUUGCUCUACAGAAUCCUAGACCACCACCACCUCCAUUACAGCUUAUUGAAGGAGGUCAGACCCUUACAAGCAUACCAGUACCAGUUUCUAAUUUCCAACAGGUACCUUCUCCUAAUAUUUGUGUAACAGAUGCAGGGAAUUUACCACAAAUUAUAAGAACACCAUCCACAGGUUUGGCCCCUCCUGAAGUAGUUAAGAGUUUGGAAUAUGACCAAAGAAUGUCUAACAAGCCACAUGUACUCAUUCCAAUUAAUAACAAUCUAGCUUCUUCAAAUAACUCAAUGGAAACUGCUUCUAAUAAGGCUACCACUAAUAGUGCAAUGAACAAAGAAAGUAAUGGUAAUAAAGUAGUUAGAGUUUACAAAAACAAUAAUAAAAAGACCAAAAAUGAACUUUAUAUUCAUCCCAUUGAGAGUAAGGCAAGGUUGAUAGUGAGAAUACCAAGAAGUAAACUUAUUUUACCUAUUAAAGAAGAUACAGAGAAAUCAUCUAUAUCUAAUCACAAUUCUCAUAGUACUGGAACCGAGGGAGAUACAGAAGAAGAUACAAUAAAAUCACAAAAAGAAGAUAAAAUGAACCCUGAACACAAUUCAGAAAAUGGAGAAACGAUACCUAAUCAGAUCACUAAGAUCUACAAUUGUAGUUGUAUGUAUCUAACUACAUCAGUAUCUCUAUUUGAAGAACACAAAAGAAAAUGUAAGACUGGUAAAAUGACUUCCAAACAUGUGCACAAAUGUCCUCACUGUCCGCACAUCACGAACCGAGGAUAUGCGCUUAGCAAACACAUUAACACUAUGCAUACUAGGGCAGUGUGGUUUGUUUGCGAAUUUUGUACAUACAGAAGCACCGAUAAGGCUUGUUUGCGACGUCACAUUCGCAAGAAUCACGAACAAGGCAAUUCUAAUAACCGCCCACGAUCGUUUACUUGUAAUAUUUGUGACAUGGUGAUCAGUUCAGAGUACAACUUCAAUAGACACAUGCUGAAACAUGAAGAGACUGUGCUAUCGACAUUUAACUGUGAAUUUUGUUCCUAUCAAUGUAAAGACCGUAGUAACUAUAGGAAACAUGUAUUUACUCAUAGUCCUAAACUGUUACAGUGCCCUUCUUGUUCUUAUUCAAAUGUAUCUCCUUACCCUUUAAAAUCACACAUAAAAAAAAAUCACGAUAGUGUUGGUAUAGAAGUCGCCGAUUGUAAAAGUGAUAUUACUGUUUAUGAGCUUGUUAAAGAAAUUAGGGCAUUACGAGCUAGUGUGGACAUUAAUAAUGAAGAACAACCAAUGGUUGCUCAUCAAUUAACAGAUGAACAUGCUGAAAGCCAAGAGAUGGUUGAAAAUCAAGAGUUGAUAAAUCAUCCUCUGGUGGAUGAGUUUAUGGAGAAUGGAGUAUUUGAUAAUCCAGAGAUUACACAAUUUAUGGAACAUCAUAAUUUGUUUGGUACAGAUGGAUUAGGCAGCUUAAUAGAUAGUCAAGGGAUAAUUGAAACUAGUUAGAAAGGAUAGAUUUUUUAUGCUGUAUAAGUUAUAAAUAAUCAGAGGGCUUUUAGAAAAUUGCAUCGAGUACUUUAAUCAUUUAUGUAUUUUAUUUGAUUAUUUGAAGCAAUAGACCAAGUGUUAGUUGGUAACUUCACCAUUGACAAGAGUGAAAUGUGCGUGAACUGGAUAUUUUUCACGCUAAUUACAGAUAGGUAAUUUGUGGUGUGUUGAUAUUCUUAAUAAGAUACAAAUUUUUUUACAGUUAAAUUUUGUUUAAUGAAAAAAAUUGGGAUAAUGUCAUAACACGUUUAUGGUCGGAAUUGCAGUUGUCGAUAUUCAUUUGGCAAAUUCACAACUAAAAAUUGAACUGAGUUGGAAUUUUUGGAACAGGUGUUGAUAUUCACAUAUCUACUAUUACUCACAUUUACACAGUCUGACAGGUAAAUUUGAAUAGAUUUGUCUUACGUACUUAUUAAAUUUACCAUGGAGGAUACAUUUAGAUUAGGGGAUUGAAGUACAAAUUGCAAGUAAAAUGAUACUGAUGAAAAAAAAAUACAUUUCGAAGGACUAACAAUAUGGUUAUACUAGUAUGUGUUAAGACAUAUUUAAAACUACAGCAUUGUGAUUAUCUUUCAAUAGGGAAACAUUUCAGAACUGUUUUCUUUCAAUUUCUUUUGUUAAAAUUGUGUUUUCUUACAGAGUAUAUCUGUUAUAUUUAUGUCUUUUUCUUAUAGCUGAAGACAGACAAGUUAAUUUUUCCAAAAAAAUAAGAGAACUUGAAUUUAAGAAAUCUGUUGAAUGUUUGUUACCCUUGUCCCUCAAAAAUAUUUCUAUUUACAUUUCUUUCAUUCAAAGAUAAAUUUGACCCCUAUACUGUGUGACAAUUAUCUCGAUGAAGCAUAAAAUGGUGAAUAUUGAUGUUUAGUACCCAUAUUUUCAUGCAUAGAACAAAAGAACAUGAGCUUGAUUUCAGUUAUCUGAUUUUUCCAGAGUUAACUACUGCCUCCUAAUUUUUAUGAAUUUCAUUAUUGGCAAAAUUGUUCUUAUUGCAAAGCUCAUGCAUUUUGAUGUUAUGCUUUUUAAUAUUCGUCCAGAUAAUUUAGCAGACAAAGACUUUAGCUCCAUAGACACAAUUUAUACAUUAUAGAAUUAAAUGUAACAAAUCAUUUGGAAAUCAUUACUGGAGUCAGUUAUAUAGCAAACAAUUGAAAAAGGAAUUUUUUUUAUAAAUAUAAAUGGUGCAGACUCGAUAAUUUGAACUAAUAAAAACCGAAGCAGUUGUUUUUUAUCAAAAUCUUUAUUAUGAAACGCAAAAAACACUAAUCACGAAUAAGUAACAUUGGAAAAUAUAUGUAUAAAAAAGUAAGAAUAUGGUGUGUAUUAAUUUCUGAAAUAAUUUGUAAUUUUCGCUUACUUUACACAUCUUUGAGCAGUAUAUUUUAGUGCAACUAAUAUCUUAGUAUUAUAUUUUAUAAUAAAAUAUUGGUCAGAUGUUUAGUGACCAUAGAGUGUUAAUCAAUGAUUAUUCUUGACAAUCUGACAUAAAAUUGAUUUAAAUUUGUAAAAUGUGUCAAAAGUCUUCAAGUCACAUUGAUGAUGAGUUUAGACUGCUCAAAAGAAUAUAAUUCAUUUUCAGAUCGUAUGCAAAUUUUUAGAAACCAGUUGUACAAAGAAAAGCACUAAAAUUGUUUUAAAAUUAAUCCUACCUGUCGAUUUUAGACUUUUUUUGUUUUAUGUCACAGAUUGCAGAUCUUCCAACCCCAUACUCAGCGGCCAACUUUUUCCUUUCUCUCUUGUUAAGUCUUUCAAUAAUUUCACUUUUUUGUUUUAUGGACAAUUUCUUGUGUUUUCUUUUAGGGGGCAUUUUUAUUUAAGCAAAUAUUAAAAUAAAAACCUUAUAUCACCUAAAAUGGCAUUACAAAUAUCCCAGCAAAGUAUGUAAAUAUCACUGCUCAAAAGUAGUGAAAAUGCUGCACUCCUCUUUAAUGUGAGUCCAAGAGAGACCGCCUUCAAUAUCGCGCUUUGAAUACUUAUACGGAUCCAUUCUACACCUGCGAAACUAGCAUUCUCCACUUUACAGUGGGUGUAGCAACUGUUCUCUUUAUAAUGCACAAAAUUUUUCUAGCAAUGCUCCGUCUGCUGAACAAACAAGUGGAGUGAAUGAUCCUCGACAAUCCUCUGCUGUUGGUCGUACUUGGGAUGCUUCUCAUUUGUAGAGGUAUGCACUGAAUGGGGCCAGUCCUGGGAAAAGUCUGUACUAUCACCUAGUCUUGCGAUGCUGAAGAUUCAGUGAUCCUUCGAAGAAUUCGUUGUUGAUGUGAUUGCAACGCAGUUAUAUCAACAUUUAGAUAAGUUGUAAACCAACUUUGUUUGAUACCAGAGAGUAUUCUCAUUUAUUAUUAGAACUUCAUUGAAGUUUAACAUUUGUUUUUGUGGAUAAUUUCAAUUUUUCCUUACAAAAUUCACACGAGAUUUAUUUACAUAAUUUUUAUGCAACACUUCUAGAUGCUUCUUAUAUUUUUAGUGGGUUUUAUGAUGUGUUGAAUUAAUACUUUAAACAGACAAUGCAAUAAGGUUAUUGGAUGCGAAUUUUCCUACCGAGCUCUAGGGUAGACAUUGAUACCAGGGAGCGCGAAAAAAAGUUUGAGAACCGUUAAGAAAUCGGUUUUCCCGCAUAAAAAGGUGGAUAAAUAUGUAGAACAAAUUAAUUUUCAGACAAUGUAAUUGUGUGUGAUGGUAUGAGUGGCAGUAAACAGUAUCAUUAGAUGAAAAUUAAAAAAAAAAUAAAUUCUAAUAUACCGUGGGCAUAUAUCUGUUAUUAGCGGUACUGCAGACUGCAAUCGUGUUAUCUCCGUUUCAAUCAUGAUUUAUCAAUAAAAAAUCAUUUGGUUUGUAAAGUUUUUUUUAUUUUUAUGGAUAAAGUUGAUUGUUAUUUAAUUAACUGAAAGAUUAUUGAAAAUUUUGAAAGUUACCAGAACUGUCAUUUUUAAAACUAACUAUUUGGAAAGUUAUUGUAAUAUUUUUCUGUGAUAUGUGAUUUGUAUGCAUUUUUCCUUUGUUUUAACAAAAAAUAUAGGUGGUAUCAGAUACCAAAUGUCAGUGUAAAUAUACAGAGUGGCCCACUAUAUUUAUUUAUUAUAUACCUUAAGGUGUCAGGCUUACAUUUAAUCCUCUUACAUGAACAUUUCCUUCCGUUUUUCACUUACGUUUUCGCUCCCUUCCUUUCUCUUCGUCUUGUAGAAUUUGACCCAUGUUUGUCUUUUGAUCUCUUUUCAUUUGUAUUUUUACUUCAUAUAUUCUUCUAACUUUAUAAUUCUUUGAAUAUAUCUUCAAAAGCUUAGUUAUGGUUGCUCUAUAAAGUUCAAUAUUGGCAUUCUUCUCUUAUUAUCAUAUUUUUUCCUUUCUACUCGCUCCUUAUGGAUUUUGAAGUAUUUUAUGUCCGUUGUUUGUAUUAUAUUUUCCUGUUUCUUUAAACAUCUAUAUCGUUUUUCUGUUUCCAUAUUAUUUAUUUCAAUUUCUAUAUUGAUUAGCAUUUUCUAUUACCAAUAUUUUGUAUUAAGUUUUACUAAUUUUCAAGCCCUUUUUUCCAUUGCAGGUUUCAAUGUUUAAAUUUCUUUUUGCUGCUUUUAUAAUUAUUUCUACGUUAGCAAAACCUCCUUCAUCUAUUCCACUUUUCUUAGAUUUUUAUAUGUAACAUAGUGGUUAUAACUCUAUUUAGCUCAAGCUUAUUUUGUAUUAUAAAAUUUUUCUUGAUAUUCAGAAUAUGGGGAUUGAGUUAGUAACUAAUUGUUUUUAAAUGUAUAAUCUUCUAGUGAUAUGAAACUAUUAAUUAGUUAGAUAGAUAGAUUUAUUCAGGGGUUACAGUACAUUGCAUCAACAGCCUUCCAAUCCGAGAGUAUCUGUGCUGACUUCAAGGUUAGAUCUUCGUACUUCUACAGGCUUAUCUUAAAUCAAAAUCUUUUUCGAAUAAAUUACUGAAAAAAACUUAAGGAGCGUUGAAUUUUUUUUGGUUUCCCUUUCUUUUGGAGCUCUUUCUUUUACAUGAACAUUUUCCUAUUAAAAGGUUCUGAUAUCAAAAGAAUUAAUUGAAUCAAUUUUUUUUAUUUUCAUUGUUUGAUGAAUAAUAACUAUUUGAUUGAAAUAGUAUUUUGACUAGGAAGUUUCAACAAUAAGUGCUGCUCUAUUCUAUCUUAGUUCCAUGGUCUCAAUAAUUUAUUUGUUUAUUAAAUAGGGGAUUAGUAAGUGUGGCCCUACAUUUUUUAGUAGUAUUUGUGUCUUUUUCAUAGACUGUGACUUGAACAGUUUAAUAUCAUGAUUUAUCAUAUCUUUUUUGUAAUUCACUAGAGGUAUCAAAAAUGAGGGGAUGAUUUUGUGACGCUUGUUGAAUUAUUGAGAUAUUGAAUUUGCUUCUACAUUCCCAUAAUUUAGUAUACUUUUUUCUUUAUUGACAUAGUUUCUGAUUAAACAAUGAAUAUAAUAUAUAAUAAUCUAUUUGUUUUUUUUCCAUUUGUAAUUCAGUACGCAAUAAAAGUGCAGUCUCAGGUAUUUUUCAUUCGUUGAUCUGGUAAUUUGUAUUUGUAUCGAUAGUCCUCGAAUAUAAUUAAACUUCAUCAGUUAAAUUUGUUUAGAAAACUAGAAUAUUGGUCAUGGAAUAUAGGGCUUUGAUUACACUGUAACCUUAAGGUUUAUUGUGACCUCUUGCAGUUUGUCUUUCAUUUCUAGAGAUCUGAUCAACUCCAGAAUCUGUGAUGGUUUUGAGGAGUUUAGUUCUUUGCUCUUAAAGGUUUUUAAUUCAAAGUUUUUUAGAAAUAGAUACAGCAGAUUUUCAUCUUCUUCCCACAGAAUCGUCAGUUUUUGCUACCUAAGCCGUAUUAAAGUUCCAACUUUUAAAAAAAUCGUGUGAUAUUUAUGAAUAAUUGUAAGCCAUUCGAAAUAAAUUAUUUAGUUGGAUUAAAAUAUUGUUAUACAUAAAAUGUUUUUAUAUAUUUCAAAAAUGUAAAACCCAAUAGCCAUUGGGUAUUAUAUUUUUUUACUUUUUUGUCUAAUUUAGUGGGUAAAUAUUUGUUACUAGAUUUUUUCAAAUUAGCAAGUUUCUAGCAUUUUGCUUGCUUGUCUGCCACUUCAGGCAACUUUCCUGCGUAAAAUUUCCAAUUCAUUCUAUUGGAUAGGGCGUAUUCAAGUUAAUUAUGUUUUAUUUCCAGUAAAAGACAUACGAGGAGCAAAAAUUCAAAUUUUACUUUAGUGAAAAAAUAGGGCUUUUGUUUUAAGUGGUAAUGAGCAGGUGGAAUACUUAUUUGUUUCAAGUAUGAUUAAAGGGGUUAUAUAAGAUAGGAUAGUAUCUCAAAUGAGAUAAAUAAUUUUUUAAACUAUUAUUAAGAAAAAUGGAUAAAUUUUUAAUUUAUAAUGUGGAAGUAGAGCGAACUGACUACAACUCCUUCAAAUUCCAUAACUUGCCACUUAAAAAAUAAAAUGAUCGCAUCACUCAUUAUUUUUUAAUUAUUUUAAAUGUGUUGCCUGUUUUUCGAAUUUUAUUAUUAUUACGAAUUAAAACAUCAAUAGAUACGCAACAUUUAUUUUCUAUGAGUUUAAUCUACAUAGGACAAAAAGUUUUUUUUACCAAAACAUAGAAAGUAUCAAAAAAAUUGUACAAAACAUUUAUACAAAAAAAUUAACGGUGCUUAAACUAAAAUUAUCCAAUGAAUUUCUAAUAGCGUGUGUUGCCGCCCCUCGCUCUAAUUACAGCUUCCAUUCGUCUUGGAAGGCUUCUAAACAGAUUCUGGACGUAUAUUCGGCAUGUUUUCCCAGAAGUUAAAAGGAACAUUUGUUCUUAUUGGUACCGGAUAUUGGUGGCCUAGAUGGUCCAGACAUGCUCUAUUGGGUUAAGGCCCAGGCUACGUGCAGGCCAAUUCAGGGUGGGUAUCUCGACCUAUUCUAAGUACUGCUGAAUCACUCUAGCAGCGUGUGGACGAGCAUUAUCGUGCAUUAGCACAAAGUUGUCACCGAUAUGAGGCAUAUAGGGCACUACAUGGGGUUCUAGGAUAUUGAUUAUGUACCUGUCAGCAUUUAGUCUUCAAUCAUUCACUGAUACUAACUCCGUGCGACCCUCGAAAGAAAUUCCUUCCCAAACCAUGAUAGAGCCACCACCAAAGCUUUCAGUUUGACAAAAAUUAACCUGAUCGUGCCGUUCACCACGUCGCCUAUAUACUAGUACGCGCCUAUCUGAUGAAUACAGACAAAAUCUUGAUUCAUCCGUGAAUAAAAUAUUGGAUCAAUCUUGAAUAUUCCUACUUGCGUGUUCUCGAGCAAAUUCCAAUGUUGCUACUCGAUGUUCUCUGGUAAGACGUGGACCUCUAGCUGGCAGUCUGGAUCGUAUAUCUGCUUCUCUCGGCCUAUUUCGAAUUGUUUGUGGGCUUAUUCGGACAUUACGAGCAGUCAACAGAUCUGUUUGCAGUUUUCGAGCGGUGGUAUGCCUAAUUCUUAACGCCGUUAACCUCAAGUAACGGUCAUCUACUACCGAAGUUACCCUUCCGCGGCCUUGUUCGGAUCUUCUGGUUAGCUGCCCUGUUUCUUGGUAGCGAAUAACAACUCUGGAGAUGGUGUUCCAUUUACCCCGGUGACGUAUCUUUGACUGCGGCAAUCUUGUAUGAGCGCGAUGAUUCUAGCGGCUUCUACCUUCGUCAUAUGUCUUGUUAGACGAUGAGGCACAUCCAUUAAUAACAAAAUAAAUUUAAAUUUUCACUAUACAAUAACACAAUUUACUUAGAAAGUUCUCCAUCUCAAUGCAUUCUCCAAGACAGAAAUGAUUUACUCGAGCAUUUUUGCUUCCAAAAAAAUUUGUAAGAAAUUGGUCUAUUUUUUGCUCAUGAUAAGAAACAAGCAAUUUUAUUAGAUACAUAUACAGAUUGUCCCCAAAAAACUAAAAUUAAGUAUUUAAAAUAUCCUAAAAUACCUGUGAUGCGAUCAUUUUUGAGGGGUGUAUAUUUCACGAAAUCCGCUAAAAAGUUUUAGACAACAAUGAAGUGAAUAACAUACGUGUGUGGAUAAAAAUUUUUUACACCUACAUCUGAUUUCUCAUUGUAAAAACUAGAGUGGAUAGAGUACGGUCUGAACCAAAUCGCACGUUUAAAUGAAAUUCCAUUUGAAAUAAUAUUUCUAUGGAUAAUAAUUCAUCUAAUAGUGACUUUUUGACAUAGAUUUUAAAGGGGAUAAAGAUCCAUUUUAGUGAUUAGCAGUAGUUGAUCGAAUUAAAACGCAACUUGUAUGUAUCUCCAUCUAGAAGCGAAAAAUGUUGAUUUUGUAUAAUAUUCCUUUUGAAUUUUUACUCCUCAUAUUUAUGUUUACCAAGAACAUAGCUUUAUACCUCUGAAGGCACUGAAAAACUGUACCAAUAAACGGCUUAAGAUGUGCAGUUUUUUUAUCAAAUUUAUGUUGUGAUAGAUAUUUUUUCCCCAUUAUUUGAUUAAACGUGUUCGGUAAUUCGAAGCAGAAAAGUUGGAAGGAUUUUUUGAAAAUCACUGGUAUAUAAGGAUAUCUAAUGAACCUAGCAUUCAAAUCGACAAUUAUGUAUUUUAAGUUGAAAUUACUGGAACCGUUGGCGAUAUUCAUACUGAAUACACUGUUUACAUCACCACUCACAAUUACACUAUCUGAUGCGCGUUUCGAUAACCAAAUUAUCGUCUUCGGAGACUUAAGGUGAACUCAGUUUGGUUAUAGAAACGCGCGUUAGACAGUGUUGGUGGUUAGGUAGUGUAAACAGUUUAUUCAAUUGUUUAUUUUGUUAUGUUACUAUUAUUAUUUUGUUUUUUUAAUGAAUAUAAUCUGUAAAUAUGGAUUGAGUAUGUUAUAUUAAUAUAAAAUUAUCUAAUCUUAUUUAUAUGAGUUUAUUUUGUACAAGUUUUAUAUAUACUUUAUUUUUGUUAUUAGAUUAUAAAUAAAUUAUUAUCUGGAA